AUGACGGCUCUCAACGCCAGACACAUCACCAAAAGUAAGGGAACCCAAGAGUGCGCAAUGGAAAGUCCGUCCAGGGUCGAGAAACUGCGGCGCCGUCACCCUCGUGAAGGCUUCACGCGCAAUGUCGCCGCAUGUGAUGCUUGCCGACAGAGCAAAACUCGUUGCGAUAACGCCAGGCCGUCAUGUGCGAAGUGUGCCACGAAUGGUGUGAGAUGCAUAUAUUCAGCAAAGGACCCUAUAUCCAUGGUGGAUGCUUGGGGCGCAAAGAUUCUUGCUGCUGUUCACCGCAUAGAUCAGAGGCUUGCAGGAGGAGCACCAACAAGCUGCUCGCCCCUGUCGCACUCCCUGGACAAAAAUGAGAAGCAUUCAGACGACGACCAGGUCGAAGUAGAGAUGUUGUCAAGAAACGAUUCACUGAGAACUUGCGUCACCGGUGCCGACGCCAUCCUGAGCUGGCCAAUCUUUCCCAGCGAGAAGCCGGUCUCAAUAUUUGGGACAUCCGCAUUCUCAGCAAAAAGAGACAGAUUCACCCCAGGAACUCCAAGCACAAACCUCAACCAACUUCAAAGCCUACGCCGUCUUUAUGUUUCCAACAUACAUACGAAAGCCCCCAUCAUCGAUCUUAAUCAGCUGGACAAGUUCAUCUUUGAUGUCGCCGGAAAUGGACUUCAUGCUUCUGCUAAUACAUGCCUUGUCCUCCUUGUGUGCGCGUUGGCUAAGAUCUGGGGCAAUUCUACAUGCGACGAUGUCUAUACUCAGGUCAUAUACGACUCCGCUACAGCUGCGCCACGAUUGCACACAUCGCUCGCGGUCCCGGAAGAUCGGAUGAAAGAGUCGCUGUCAUACUUUGCCGCCGCUCGAGACAUGAUGUCGGCUGCAUAUCUCGAUGACUCGCUCACGGGUAUCCAGUGUUUCUGCCUGUUUGGCUACUGGUACCAGUGCAACAUCGAACCUGUGCAAAGCUGGAAAUUCUUCAGGACAGCAUCCACACUGUGGCAAGCCUACCAUGCUAAGCAUCGCCAACAACCGUCCAGCAGGUCGGAAAAAGAAAACAGUCUGGAACAACGCUUGUACUGGACAUGCCUCAAAACAGAGUGUGAGCUACGAACUGAACUGCCUGACUUACCUUCGAGCUGCCUCUGGGCUUCCGACUUUCCGUUUUCAUUUCCAUCAUUUUCCAAGCCAACUGAUACUGAUCAAGCGGAUGGAUUGGAGACUGGUGACCCCGACCCCACGACUGCGUCUUCCUUCUACUACCUGGCCGAGAUCUCACUGCGCAGGCUUCUCAACCGCAUUCGUAACUCUUUGGGGUCCCUCAAUCCAAGGAUGAGCACUCCAGACAUUCAAAAGUUCAGCCAGGCUCUUGCCAAACACGAACAUCAGUUGCAGCGGUGGGUCGAGUGUCUGCCUGUCGCACUGCAAUUUGCUAUGCCACUCCGACUGGAGCCUCCCAGCGAAGAGCCUGAGCUUGUACAGCUACUCCGUGAGAGAUAUACGCAAGCUUACGAGCUACUCCGGCGGCCCUAUCUUUAUCUGUGCCUUCACGCCCAUUUGGACCCAGAAUUACUGGAAAUAUCCACACAGCGAGCCAACGACUGUCUCUAG